AAGAGACGGCGAGGCGACCAGUAUAGACGCGCAAGUCGCCCGGCGCGCACACGAUCAGCGGAUGGAAAUUGAAAUACGUUAAUAGAAAUCCCAAGACGGUUGAAAAACGCGUUCAGAGAAUUUUUUUUUCACUUUUUUUAUUUAUGACGCACGCGUGUGGUGAAGAAGAAAUCAUUGUAUUAUAAACAUCAUUAAAAUCCAAGCCUUAAUGUUGGUGUUUUGUUAAGAAAUCUUGUUUUAAAAAUUUGCAUAUUAACUUGCAUACAUAAGUGGAAAUGUUGAAAAAGUGAUUUUAACUAAGCCGCAGAAUUUUCGGGUUGGUCUAAAGUAAACCAACCACCAACUACACACCAGUUAUUCUGGGUCACACUUACCUCGCCAAGUUAAAAACAAAAUCAAAACGAAAUGCAUUUCACCAGCAUCUUCUUAGCCGCUUUGCUGGCCAUACAGCUGAGCGAAUGCGCUUGGGGCCAACAAUUGCCGCCACAAAGUUUUCAAACGCAUCCAACGCGCACAAAUGUAACCAACUGGAGCCAUCGGCAUUUUUGUACAUCAGUAGCGGCGCCGUCCUCCGAUGGAUUGAGCAAAAGCUGUAAGGAUCUUUUAACUACACUGCAUGAUCGCGUGAGCGUCUUAGCAACGCUGGACGAGGAUUUGCGCAGACGCUUAGAGAAUAUUGAAAAUAAGAUGAACCAAUUUGAAUCGAGUAACUUGGGUCGUUUGGACUCAUUGGCUGUGCAGCAGACAGACUUUCUGAAACGGCUCGACACCCUCGAUUUCAUUGAACGCCAAAACAAACGCAGUAUUGAUGAAUUGAAAGGUGACUUAAACCAUGAGAAGGAAGAAGUCGCCUUGCGUACAGCACGUCAAAUUGAUGAUCGCUUGCCUCAGAUGCCCACAAAUGAAGCCAAACUUGAGUCAUUGGCAACUUUGCUGCUAUCGACACGUUCGGCAGUCAAUGAAUUGAAUAAUCAUCUGGAAGCGAAUAUCAGCAGAUUGUCAAACAUGGUGUCGCGUCGCCUUAACAGCAUUCGGCGUCAAAAUAAUCGCCAGCCGACAAACUUCUAUGCGCCGAGUCAUUCAACAGAGCCGCUCAUUACCAGCUGUGCACAAGACGCACCCACAGCCAAUGGCAUUUUGCGUCUUCAACUCACACCCGAAUCCGAACCCUUCUAUGUGCGCUGCGAUGAGGAAACACUUGGCGGCGGCUGGACCAUCAUUCAAAAUCGUUUCAAUGGCAAAUUGAACUUCUAUCGCGGCUGGCUCGAGUAUCAGGCUGGUUUUGGCAAUUUGGGUGGCGAAUUUUUCAUCGGUCUGGAUAAGUUGCAUGCGCUUACCGCCUCAGCGGUGCAUGAGCUGCUAAUUUUGCUGCAGGACUUUGAUGGCACAAAUCGUUAUGCGCGAUAUAAUUUGUUUGCUAUUGGCAGCGAAAAGGAAGACUAUGCGCUUAAUUUAUUAGGAGAGUACGAGGGCGACGCUGGCGACUCUUUUAGCUAUCAUGCUGGCAGCAAAUUCUCCACUUUUGAUAACGACAAUGAUGGCUGUGUUGACUGCAAUUGUGCGCAGUCGCGCAACGGUGCCUGGUGGUAUAACUGGUGUGACAUGAGCAACUUGAAUGGCAAAUAUUUCAGCCAAAAUUACAACGCCACGCCUUUGUACGAGGGCAUGUAUUGGAAUGAGUUCCGUGGACCCACUUACUCGCUAAAAGCUGUGCGCAUGAUGAUACGUCCGGCGAGCAGCGAUGGUGAUCUGCAACGUAAAUAGUCGAAAGAAAUGUGUUUUAUUACUAAUAAUUUAAUGUGAAUUUACUAUUUUGAGUGUCUCAAGUACUCUACUCAGGCGCUUCUUAACCUACUAAAUGGGUGCAUGCAUUUUUGACAUUUACCAUUAAAAUGGCAUUGUAUUCAUUGCUUUGUUUGAAAGCAAACGAAAAGUUGCUAAAUGUUGCCGUAUUGUCACAAAAUAAAUAUACUCGAAACGGGCUUAAAUGUUAACUAUUUAAAUUAUUAUCUGUAUAUGUAAGAAUAUGUAUGGCAUACAUACAUACAUAUGUACUCCUGCUCAAAUGUGUCAAAAUAUAUUUAAAAUGGAUUUUAUUUGUAAAUUUUUAUUUUUGUAAGUGUAAAUUUUAAAUAAAACUAUGUAAUGCCAUGUUGUUUGAAAUCAUA